UCCAGAGAGGGGGUCAACCCCGUUUUGAACAUUUUCAAAGUUCCCCGAACAGACAUCAGUAUCAAUGAUUGUCGAUUUUCCACCUUUAGCCCAGUGGGCAAAAGUAUCACCCCUAUUCAGUUUGAUCUUCCAGCCAUGCAAGAAUUUGUAGAUCUCUCCAGGAGUUACUUCACCAUGAAACUGAAACUCGCCAAAACCGACGGUAAACCAAUCAAAACAGCGGAUGAUCUCUUCUUGGUCAACAACCUGCCUCACAGUAUGAUCAAACAAGUUGGAGUACGACUCAAUGGCACUCUGAUCAAUCCACACACAGACACAUAUCCCUACAAAGCCAUGAUUGAAACCAUCUUGAACUACGACAGAGAAGAUGGUAAAACCAUCCUACGUCCACAAGGAUGGGUCAAUGCGUUGGAUGUACCCAAAGAAUGGGAAGAAACAAGCUCAUCCAACACUGACAUUAAAAUCAGUGGUUGGAGUAGCAAUCAAAAAGCAGCUUAUAACCUGAUCAAGGCAGAAUCUGGCAGGUACUUCAAUGAUACUAAUGAUUCGUUACUAGAGCUCCGUCUGAAAAUGAGGCCCCAUGUGGAACCUUUUUGGUUUCCUUAUGUGUUGAAACCUGGAGUACAAAUGCAGUUUGAAUUUCAUUUUCAUGAUCCUAAAUUCUGGAGCAUGGUAGCAGGUACUAACACCAAGAAACUACGUUUCACCGAGAGCGAUAUUGACAUGAGGUUUCAUCUGGCUCGACUAAAGCUCAAUGAUUCUAUCUACAAUGAUCUCAUGCUAAAAACACAAAACAAUGCCCAAAAAGCAGUGUACCCUGUGGUACGAAGUGAACUGAGAACCUUUAUCUGGAACUCAGAUAACCAGCUAAGGUUUGAGGAAGAAGAUAUCUUCAAUGGAAAAGUCCCACAGAGGGUGAUCGUAGGCAUUGUGGAUAGCAGAUCCUUCAACGGAACCAAGGAUUACUACCCCUUCUCAUUUCUCAAGGCCAAGAUCAAGUACAUCAGACAGCUUGUUCAAGGAGAAGAAUACCCCUACAAUGACACGCUCGAACUGACUCGUGAUGAUCGGUAUGACUAUGACGGUUAUUACCGAUUCCUACAAGCCAGUGGAGCAUUGAUCAAGAGUCAGCCAAACAUGUUGAGAGAGGAGGACUGGGGUGAAGAUAGAAACUGCAAUUUGUUCAUGUGGAACAAUGUAGGCAGUGGUAAUGCGGACACAGGUAUGAUGAAUCCCAAUAAAAAGGGCAACGUACGGAUUGAAAUCGAAGCACAUUCAGCUCCUGGCUUUGUCAGUACAGUGCUGGUCUAUGGUGAAUUUGAAAAUCUGGUGACCAUUGAUAGCAUGAAUGACGUAGAGUACAACAUCUACCAGUAAUCAUGGAAGAAGUAGCACUCAGUGAUCAACAAUUAACGUAUUUGGCUCAACAAGAUCCUGUACUCAAAUCGUAUUUUCAAGGAGUCUUCGCUUCGGAUCAAUUACCCAUUUCUCCUUCCAAACGAACAUCCGCUUACAUCGUCAACACUGAUCCUCACGAUAAACCUGGACGCCAUUGGAUAGCCUUUUGGACAGAUCAAGGAAUCUGCGAAAUCAUGGACAGUUAUGGUCUACCAUUGCAAUACUAUCAAGCCAAACCACUCGAGAGAUGGACCAAAAAAUGGAAAUACAUUGUUUCCAACGGACGAGCUUUACAAAGUCUUACAAGCAAAGCAUGCGGACAUUAUUGUUUAUUUUAUUUAAAAGCCAAAGCCAAAGGCUAUUCCAUGCAAGAUUUUUUAACCUACUUUUCAGAAAAAGAUUAUGUUGCCAAUGAUCAUGAAGUGGGUGAAAUGUUAAAAAAACUUAUCACUAAUCCAAAAACAUGGCGCGAAGCAAGUCAUCGUCCCAUUUCACAAACGUGUACUUCUUGUCAAUAAAAGGACUUGUUAAACCUUCUCCUGUCUGUAUUCUUUUUUUACAUCAUGUUUGUUCUACCCAAAAAUUAUCAACUCUAUACCCCCGCGGGACACAUGGUAGUGGGACCAUCUGGAUGCGGAAAAACCAACUUAAUCGAAAAUCUGUUAUGCCACAACCUAGACCUCUUCAAGGACAAACCCCAUGCUAUUCAUUAUUGUUAUGGAGCAUGGCAACCUGCCUACGAUCGCAUGAAAAAACAUGGCAUACGUUUUCAUCAAGGUGUACCCCAAGAACAACACAUUUCAUCUUGGUUCCCUAAAGGGGGUAUUCUAAUCUUGGACGAUCUCAUGGAUGAAUGCGGAAACGAUAAAAAUAUCUUGGAUAUUUUCACCAAAUAUUCUCAUCACAAAAAUGUUAGCGUCAUUUAUCUUCUACAGGAUAUUUUCCCCAUUGGAAAGUACUCCAAAACCAUCUCCAGAAAUGUCCAUUAUGUCUGGGCUUUCAAAAACCCAAGGGAUCAAGUGGGCAUUCGAAAUUUAUUGAUGCAAGCCUUUCCGACCAAUUGGUCCACUGUAUUGGAUACGUUUCAAAAAGUCACAGAACAACCCCAUGCUUAUCUCUUAUUGGAUUUUCAUCCCACCAGUCCCGAUACGCAACGCGUCCUUAGCAAUGUCUUAAAAGAUCAGGGAAUCACCAAUUGUUGGCAGUUU